AUGAAAGCCAUUUCCCGAGCCAUAGAUGAAAUUAUUAAUGAUAAAUUACGACAUGCUCCAGGGAAAAUUACUCGUAUGAUUGAUGAAAGUGAUGGUUUUGUGUCUAUAUUUUAUAACAUGAUUGAACAUUUGAAUGAAGAGGAAUUGGAAAUAAUUUCAGAACAAUACACCAUGUUGCUCAGAAAACAGCUACGUAGUCAAGAAGACACUCGUAAAAUGUAUCAACUUGAGCGUCAAUUGAAACUCAAGUACAAAAGGACAACCAUUUGCUCAAAAAUUCAACCCAUGUUAAAUCAAACAGCACAGACCUUAUUUGAAACUGUGAAACAAGCUGAGAGUGGAUGGAAUGGCCGUCGUGUUGACUUUAUGAUGUCCGAUAAUGGGGCGAAUGUGAUUGCAGUUGCCAAGCCAACCAUGCUCAACGUAACACUGAUUACUUGUUGUGGCCAUAAUUUGAAUUUGGUAUACAAACACUUUAUUACAUGCUAUAAGGACUUUGAAAGACAUGUUGGAAAGGUGGUUCGAAAGCUACGAUCGGAUUGGAAAUCGUUACGCUGGUUGGUGACUAUUUUGAAAUUCGAUUUUCAAUUUGUUGAAAAUUAUUUUAAUUCACAAGAUGGUACUAUUAUUAUUGAUGACCUUAAUAAUUUUAAUGAUGUAAUGAAGCCUCCCUUACCAGUGUCCACUCGAUGGCAAAGCGUGUCACGUGCUGCUGUAUUUAUUUUAGAUCAUUUAGAACCAAUUUAUAGAGCAGAGAUUGAAUGGGGUAUUGACAAACGAGAUGAGAACAUUCAAGCAACUUGGUCCGAUGUGUUGGAUAUACUUGAGAAUGAGGAUUUUUUAGAAGACCUACAAGUCAACAAAAUAUUUUAUGAACAAUUUUUAGAGCCAUCUUUUAAAGAAUUGAGAACUAAUAAUACUAUGGAGUUUUUAUUGGAAUAUAUCAACUCUUGGAACUCCAUACGUCUUGAACAAUUACAAGCACCAGACAACGUCGAUCAUACUCUAUUCAAUAGAGCUCGAGGGGAGGGUGUGAAAGAAUUGGAAAAGAUUAUGGGUGAUUAUGAAGAUUAUUCCUUUACCUAUGCUAGCGCUUUAUUGCAUCCACAAUUAAGUAGGAUGACUUCCAGAAAAUUAUUCGAAUUUAGCCAAGAUGAGAGAAGUAAGUGGGGAUUUUCAGAUCGAUUAUUAACAUCGAUACAAAAUGGAACACAUACCCUGAUCGACUCACCAGAUGCACUGAAACGAUGGGUUGAAAAUUUUGGUUCAAUUGAAUUGGACAAUGAAAAGGUUGAAAGUAGAUUUUCAUACUUCAACUUGGAUACCAUUGCCAAUCGAAAGGAUCGAGAAGCUUAUUUGAAAAUUAUAUUGAAUGACAUUGAUUUGUGGUAUCAUGAACUUAACAACAACAAUUCCAGAUAUUUUUCCAUUUACAAGGAUACAGUGAAAGACAUUAAUACAGAAGAUCGUACUUCCCGGCCAAAGGUUGCAACUUACGCCCAAGCAUUGACGAAUAUUAGAUCAGAAAUUAAAAGAAGACAGCAAGAUGAACGAAGAUUUGACAAUGAAGAAUGCAUCAAUGCCAUUCUCUAUUUAUUUAGAGCGUACAAUGCACUCCAUAUCGGUGAUGCAUUUGAAACGGUCAACAUUGGUACAAGUUCCAACCGUUGGUUGACCACUCAAAAUUUGCAAAAUAUUUUGGAAUUUCUCGUCUCAAAGAAUUAUUUAGAAUAUAAUGAUAUAGCACCCAAUAGCCCAGGCUUAGCUGGUGUCAUCUAUGUGUUCACUAACCCAAAAGUAAGGCAAGCGAUUGGAUUAUUUGUAGAGCAACAAGUACUUUCAAAUUUCACAGAAUUUGCCCCAACGUCUCAUCGGAUUGAGUAG